GUGAGGACAUGAAGGAGGACUCGGAUCAGCCGCGGUGCCUCAUGGGCAACUCGAAAGCGAAACAGUAGCGCGUCCUCUUUCUUCCUCUUCAUUAAAACACCAAAAUACUGUGUUUUUCACCGAACGUCGUAUUUACUCGUAAAACACUUGUUAAAAAUGCAGGAAGGCGGUGAACAUGGCAGCACAAGUGGUCUCAAAAUGGGAACAACCAUUAUUGCGGUUGAGUUCAACGGUGGCGUCGUGGUGGGCUCGGAUUCAAGAGUUUCUGCGGGGGCGUCUGUGGUAAACCGAGUGAUGAACAACUCUCCCCUUCAUGACAAGAUUUACUGUGCUUUGUCUGGAUCAGCAGCGGAUGCUCAAACCAUUGCUGAGAUAGUCAACUACCAAUUAGAUGUUCACAGCAUUGAGGUGGAUGAGGAUCCGCUGGUGUGUUCAGCAGCUACUCUGGUCAAGAACAUUUCUUACAAGUAUAAAGAGGAACUCUCAGCUCACCUCAUUGUUGCUGGAUGGGACAGGAGGGCAGGUGGACAGGUCUAUGCAACUCUUAAUGGGCUAUUAACCAGACAGCCGUUUGCUGUGGGUGGCUCUGGAAGUUUCUACAUCUAUGGCUUUGUGGAUGCUGAAUACAGAUCAGACAUGACCAGACAGGAGUGCCAAGAGUUUGUGAUCAACAGUCUGUCGCUGGCAAUGAGCCGAGAUGGAUCCAGUGGAGGUGUGGCCUACGUCGUUACCAUCGACAGUGAAGGCGUGGAUGAGAAAUGCAUUCUGGGAAACCAGCUUCCUACAUUCUUUGACCCAAAUGUAUAAUCAUUCCUUUCCGUGUGCUUUAUAAAUAAAAAGGUUCUUUCAUUCUU